GGCCGUGUGCUGAGCACGCCCGGCCCCGCGUCUGCCCAGGUGCCCAACAUGAAGGAGAUCCUGCUGGUGGGCUUCUACCAGCCCAACGAGGCGCUCAGCCGCUUCCUGGUGUCGGCGCAGCAGGAGUUCAAGAUCCCCAUCAGGUACCUCCAGGAGUACGCGGCGCUGGGCACGGGCGGGGGCCUCUAUCACUUCCGCGACCAGAUCCUGUCGGGCGGCCCCGAGGCUUUCUUCGUGCUCAACGCGGACGUGUGCUCCGAGUUCCCGCUGCCCGAGAUGCUCGCCUUCCAGCAGCAGCGCGGCGGCGCGCCCGCCUUCGUCAUCCUCGGCACCACGGCCAACAGGAAGCAGUCCCUGAACUACGGCUGCAUCGUGGCCAACGCCGACACGCACGAGGUCCUGCACUACGUGGAGAAGCCCAGCACGUUCGUUAGCGAGGUCAUUAACUGUGGCAUCUACCUGUUCACGCCUGCCAUCUUCCAGCACAUCGGCGAGGUCUUCCAGAGGAACCAGCAGGAGCUGCUGCUCUAUUCUUGCGUCGGCGAGGAGACGUCCAAUGGGUGGCAGCGCGCCGAGGUGAUCCGGCUGGAGCAGGAUGUCUUCACCGCGCUGGCCGGGCGCCGCGCGCUCUACGUCUACAAGACUGACGGCUUCUGGAGCCAGAUCAAGUCGGCCGGCUCCGCCAUCUACGCCAACCGCCUCUACCUGAGCCGGUCCCCCUGCCCCCGUCCUGGUGCGGUCCGUUGGAGCAGUGGGUUCCCUCAUCCCAUGCUGUGCUCUCCCCAGGAUCACACGUGCGUGCUCAACAGCAUUGUGGGCUGGGACAGCACCAUCGGGCGCUGGGCCCGGGUCGAGGGGACACCCAGUGACCCCAACCCCAACGACCCCUAUGCCAAGAUCGACAGCGAGACCCUCUUCCGGGACGGCCGCCUCACACCCUCCAUCACUAUCCUGGGCUGCAAUGUCACCAUCCCCGCCGAGGUCGUGAUCCUCAACUCCAUCGUCCUGCCCCACAAGGAGCUGAGCCGCAGCUACAAGAACCAGAUCAUCCUGUGAGGGGCGGCUGCAGCCAGAGGACCUGGCCUGGGCCCUGCCACCCUGCCCUGGCACCUGCUGCAGUUGAGACAGGCAUUAAAGCUGCAUCCGCGCCUG